GCUACAGCUAAGGGUAUCAUCUUCAGUCCCCACACACACAGAUAACAUAACUUAACAUACACACACAAACACUUCCAUCUUCUUCUUCUUCUUCUUCAAAACACACUCUCACAAAACCAACCAUGACUCGUUCCUUCAGAUUCCUCUCAUCCAACACCACCUCAUCUUCCUCACUCGACCAACCAGUAGCACAACCACCACAAGCCGUCGCCAUGGAGUCCGAUUUCGUCGUCAUCCUUGCCGCUCUCCUCUGCGCUCUAAUCUGCGUCCUCGGCCUCUUCUCCGUCGCUCGCUGCGCCUGGCUCCGCCGCGGAUCCACCGACACUCGCCGUAACCCUAACCUCACGGCGGCUAACAAAGGAAUCAAGAAAAAAAUCCUCCAAACUCUCCCGAAAUUCGUAUAUAACAAAGACAACAACAGAUGUGAAAGCGCAGGAAAGUCGUUUACAGAUUGUGCGAUCUGUUUGACGGAGUACGCAGACGGAGACGAGAUCCGUGUGUUGCCGCAGUGCGGACACGGAUUCCACGUCGGAUGUAUUGAUAUGUGGCUUAAUUCGCAUUCUUCGUGUCCCUCGUGUAGACAGAUUUUAGCGGUUUCGAGGUGCCGGAAGUGCGGCGAGUUUCCGGCGGUUUUCGCCGGUCAAAGCUCGAGUUCAACGGAACGUAAAGAUAGACAACAUGAUAAUGUUAAUAGCUCGUGUUCUAGUGAUUAUUUACCGUGAUUUGCAACAGAAAGUGAUCCGUGAUGCGGAAAAAAGCAGUGUGAAUAAUCAUGUUCGUGAAUUUGUCUUGUAGCUAUAAAGUCAUCACUGAGCGCUUUAAGUUAGUGGCAAGCAGAAUUCAUAUUGCAAAAGCAUGGAUCUGGUACAGUAUCUAGAAAUCUGUUUAUAAUCGUUUUCAGUUGUUGUUCGAAAAUAGAAUAUGAUGAUCUGAAGCUUGAUUUACAGUCUCCAAUUUGGCAAUUUCAUCAUUUGUUAGGCAAAUGUUUUAUCUUUUUUUUUCUUUUUGAGAUGAAGGCUUUGUGAUCUCCAAACAUUCACAAUGGAAGCGUUGUAUAUACGUGAGUUUGUUAGUUAUAUUAUAAGAAAUGAUUUUGAACAA